AUGGCUUACGAGCAACAUGACUGGUCGGUGAAUAUCGGUAGCAGUCUUGAUGGGAGUCACCUUCAGGGCCAAGUUGAACCAGGCUCUAACUCUGGGCUAGCCUACCCUACUACUCCUCACUUCGCUCACUCCUCUGAGUCGACCAAUCAAUCCCAAGGGUCGUUUGGCCUCGAGACGCCCACAGCCUAUCAGCAGGGCCAUUCCUCCGUUUACUCCAACGACCUCAGUCAGAGCGAGCAGCCGCAGUCGCAUACGGCUUUAUCACUCUAUCACCCCCAGCCUAUCGACCAUACAUCUUCGGUUGAUUCAGAUUUCUGGAUGUUAGACGCCCAGAGCUCAGUCGACGAAUUUCAGCAGCAUAGCCCAGGUCUCAUAGCAUCUUUUGCGGCGCAUCUCGAUCAGGGUUUCAGGCGUGUAAGCCCUGUACAUACCCUGAAUGCACCAGACGAUACAUUUCUUGGCACCAGGCCCGUCAUGCCACUAUUAAAACCGUUGACCACAAUCUUUCUAUCGGUGGACGUAAUAGAGGAGGUUAAGGUUAAUGCAUAUGAACGAAUGGUUAGGUCGAUCAUCGAGACUUCCUUUUUCCCUGCCGAUGAAGCAGUGCUCAAGGUAAUGGCCGAGAAUGCCCUUGAUGAUGCAGUCUCCGAAUACUCCAAUGCGGAGCUCGUCAAAUGGAAGACUCUCACGGAGGGUCGAGAAGAAAUCCAACGGCUGAGCGAGGUCUUGGAUCGCAUCCGGGACAAAUUCAAGGAUAUCUCGCUCAACUCAGUAAUAUCAGCUUAUUCCCUUUCCCUUCCAGUCUAUUUGCGGGAUCAAGCACUCUUAGAGUCCCGGAUCACGACGAUAAAAGAUCUCCUCAAUACUGGUUUAUUUCUUCAUGGAAAAAUGGACCUGAUCGGGCAGGGUGGGCUCCCUGACAGCCAUUAUGUGCCAUUUGCACACAGUGGGAUCCAGGAUCUCGUCGAAAUCAUGCUUUCGGAGAGACAAUACAACCAGUUUAUUUGUUAUGACGGGAUUGGCUCGGACAGUUGGAAGGAUCGCUUGAAGAACAUCAUCGCCUUUCUCAGUACAACACAGAUGUGGGCAUUGUCUCAGCAUUCAACUGGAAAAUUGGUGCCUGCUGAGUUUGUGACUGACUCAAAUGUUCGAUUCUAUUAUGACCUCUUGCUUUACAUGUCUCAGCUUGACAAGAAUGGGCUGCAUUAUUUUGAUGCGCUAUUGACUGACAUUCAGGAUGUUUUUGUACUUCACGCUUCCAACUAG